AUGGCGCCCGGAGGCCCAUCGCAGUCCGGGGUUAUCAGCGGCCGGGUGACCAAGUCAGUGCCGUCAACUCCAGGAAAGCCAAAACCAUCACAGAGUAGCAAUACUGGCAACACUGGCACCGGGAGAUCUGGGAAAACUCCCAAGUGGAAAUAUGGUUUCUGUCCGAAAUGCCGCUUCGGCCAUCUCGUGAGGAAGCAGAUCAACCCGGACCAUCCCAACCAGGACAUUGCCGGGAAGUAUCGACUCAGCUGCAGCGACAGAGAGAGAACGGGUUGCAAGCAUUACGAGAUCCGGAACACAGACCCAAUGCUUACAGCUCCACCAACUCCCUCAAACAAGCCCAUCUGCCCUCAGUGCACAAUGGGUCGACUCGUCAAGAAGUGCUUGAAUCCCUUCAACUUCAAGGAACAAUGGAUGGAAUGCGACAGAAAAAACGCACCGGAACGGCCGUGCGACUACCGACAAGACGUGCACGGCAAAGCACUUGAGAAUACGGGGGUGGUACCCGGAACACAACCCAUGGGACGCCCCUCUGACCACCGUACAGAUGGGAGGAAGCUGGACAAAGGGAAAGCGCCGGAACGGCCAGGCCCAGCGAAUACAGCAAAUCCAGGAACACGGGGUCCAGAACCCGAGGCUGGACCAUCUCGAGCUGCAGAAAGGGUUAUAGACCUUACUGAAGAUGGAGAGUUUACGCCCGAAAGAACACCUUCACCAGUGCCUGCCGCUCUUACUGUCAGCGCCGCCACGGCCGUCGAGUCCAAUGACUCUGCCUCUGGCCCUGGGAAAGGCACGAAGUCCAGGCUCGUCGAGACGGCCGCAGAUAUUCUUUCUUCCCAAACCGUCAUCGAUCUGGUCUCGGAUAUGUCGUCGCAGGCGUCUGACAUGACGGGGCCAGGGGAAGGUUCAUCCAAACAGGCGGAAACUCUUGCAGAGCCUCACAAGCAGCCGGCUGGCAAAAAAGCUGACGCAUAUCUGGACGAAUUCGACUCUUCCGAUGAUGAAGAGCUUGCCCACUUGACCGAUUACAUCUACACUUCUGCACGAAAACCAACGCCGCAACUAGGUGUAAAGACAGAAGCUCCCAGCAGCCCUAUAGCGAAGAUUGAGAGGGAUGAUUAA